CUCGGAGGCCACUCGCCGCCGGCUCGCCACCGCUAGUCGACUGACGGAGAGUUCAAAAUUAAGUGCUCGCGCUUCUGCAAAAGCCUAUGAGCCUAAAUUGAUUAAUUGGCAGCGAAUGAAAAGAAAAAAAACAAAACCUUAUUCUGCCAAAAGAGAACGACCAGCAGCAUCGACUCCCUUGAGAGGCGGUGCAAACAGCGAUAUUUGAAGCGAAUUACAAUCAUGGGUGAAUCAUUUACAAUUCAAAUAAGCAGCAAUCUAGUCAAACACCUGGCCGAUGAUUCCGAGAAGGUAACUAGGAAAACAAGGAAGCCGAAGCAAAAGAUUCCUCGAGAACCUAAACAACAGCAACCCCAGAAAGAACAUCCUAAGCAGCAACUCUCCGAUGAAUCGAAUACUUACAAAGCUCCCUCUUCAACUGGAUGGCCUAUUCAGCCACCUCCUCUAUACCUCCCAGUUCCACCUCAGAAAUCGGCAAACGUGGAAUUAGAUUCAAUCUUAUCCGUACUUAACGAGAGCGAGAAAGUUGUGGAGAAGUUGCAGAAGCAAGAGGAGAAUAUGCUGCAAGAGGUAACUCAACGAGCAAAGGAACUUCACGAUAAAGAGUUUAAGCUCCCACAUCGUAAGCUAAUGCCCUGUUUGGAUGAGAAAGAUGCUUGUUUGAAGUGUUACAAGGAGCAUAUCAAGGAUCCAUUGAAAUGCGCCCUAUUCGUCGAGAAUUAUGCAGAUUGUGCACGCAGGUUCAGGCAGCAAGUCAAUGCGUCAGAGGGUAAUUAGGUAUUAUCCUUCAUUGGGAAAAUUAAUGGCCGGACAAAACUAUUAGGCUUUGAAAUAUUUUUAUCUUUUUUGUUGCGUAUUAACGAACCUAUAUUCUCGCUUGUUUGUGGCAGCGGAGGCAAAGUUUCGAUGGGUUUUUGCUUUGGUGAAAAAUCUUCGAAGAGUUAUUAUUUUUUUUUUUCUUUUUCGAGAUUCUGCAUUGUUGCUGUUUCGUUUUCCUCUGGAGUUAUUUGAGUGAAAAAAUUGUCGGUACAUAGGUAGUCCUAUUUAGGAUUACCAAAGUGACAUUAACUAAACUUUGAAUAAAUUCAUAACCUACCACCCUAUUAACUCGAUUAAUGGAUUUAAAGGCUUUU